GACUUGCACUUCUGACAAAAUCGCCCUCUCCCUUUCCCGUUGUCCGGCGAUCAUGGCUUUGACAGAUCCGCCCAACAGGACGUUCAGCGAGACGCUGCUUGGCAAGGACGGGAGCCUCAUCCCCGAGCUGGGCGAGUUCAUCAUCGCACACAAGGAUGAGGUCGAGGAGAAGGGCGGAUCAGAAAAUGAAAUGAACAAGUCAGCUCACACACACACAGCAACCACGCUUCGUGUCAUGCAGAUCUCUGGUAGAUCUGCACGAAGAGGAAGGCCAGUCACAUCUCAUUCUGCCGUGUGUGUCGGUUGGUGUUGUGUGCAGGUUGCUGACUGCCAUCAAGUUGGCGGCCAAGGUGGUGAAUCGCGAGAUCAGCAAGGCGGGGCUGGCGGACAUCCUGGGUGCGGCUGGCUCGGAGAACGUGCAGGGCGAGGCACAGCAGAAGCUCGACGUAUUCGCCAACACAAAGUUCAUGCAGGUGUGGUCUGAGGAUAUAUGAGGGGGGGAAUCACACAAGGGCAGACAAGCAGGGCAGGCAUGUGGUGCUCGGGUGACUGACUGCGUGUUCUCGGUUGUUAGGCGCUGGCGAAUCGCGAUGUGGUGUGCGGGAUAUGUUCGGAGGAGGAUGACGAGUUCAUCCCCGUCAACCCCAACUGCCACUACGUGCUGCUCAUGGACCCACUCGACGGUAUAGCAGCUAUAGAUGCUGGCUGGGCACAUACUCGACAGACAACAGAUGUGUGACACGUGGUGUAUCGUAUCCACGUCGAUUGAUUCGAUUCAGGUUCGUCCAACAUCGACGUGAAUGUGUCUGUGGGGACCAUCUUCAGCAUCUACAGGAGGAUCACGCCCGUCGGGUCGCUGCCAGAACUCAAAGACUUCCUGCAGCCGGGGAAGAAACAGGUCACGCAGCCGACACACAACGUUCAAACGAUACUGACUGGCUGCAAACUCACUUCCCCUCUGUGUGUGUGUGACAUUGAUCAGAUAGCGGCAGGUUAUGUGUUGUACGGGUCGUCGACGAUGCUGGUGGUGACGACGGGCAAGGGCGUGCACGGCUUCACUCUCGACCCCUCACUCGGCACAUUCUACCUGUCCCACAGGGACAUGAGGUUCCCGGUAUGCCGCGGACGGAGGGACGGCUGCGUACAUUUCUGCAUGAGUGAUCGGUGUGUGUGUGCAGGACAAGGCGCGUGUGUAUUCGGUGAAUGAGGGCAACUUCAAGGCCUUCCCCGAGGGCAUCAAGAAGUUCCUCUCAUGGUGCCAGACAGAAGAGGUGAGCUGAGUUGAGUGAGGACCACAGACAAGACGGAAGGAUGGAGCCAUCUCUGACAUCCCUCCCUCCCUAUGCUAUGUGUGUGUUGUCAUCAGAGCGACAGGCCGUACACGCUGCGGUACAUCGGUUCGAUGGUGAGCGACUUCCACCGGAACCUCCUGCAGGGCGGCAUCUACCUCUACCCCCCAACCAAGAAAGGUCAGUCAGUCACCUCUCUCACCCGGACAGCAGCAAAUGUCAGUGAGAGUCCUUGUGCUUUUUUUGUGUGUGCAGACCAGAAGGGCAAGCUGCGGCUGUUGUACGAAGGCAACCCCAUGGCAUUCAUCGCCGAACAAGCAGGUCAGCCAACAACAUGGCAGCAUCCUACAGCUAUACGAUCCGAUUUUUUGUGCUUUCGUGCGUGUGUGUGCGUCAGGUGGCAAAGCGACUGACGGCUUCACCCGUGUGAUGGAUCUGCAGCCCACGGAGCUGCACGAGCGGACGCCCAUCUACGUCGGCAACACAGGCAUGGUCGAGUCACUGGAGAAGUUCAUGGAGCAAUACCCCAACCCGUGAGCUGAGCUGAGCGGACCCGCCUGCUGUCGUGUCCGAGAGAAGGAGGGAGGGAGGGUCAGGGGGCAGGGAGGGACGGGGAGGGGUGGCCGAGAGGAGGGAGAAGAAUGGAUAGGCAUCCAUCUCGUCUGCACGGUUUUUUCCUUUCUGUUGGCCUUUUCGGCGUUGCCAUCCGUGCAAUCAUGGUGCCAGUGUUUGGUCGCCUUGCUCUGCUCGAUCGGUUGCUGUGUUGAUGUCCUGCCUCCCUCCCUUCCUGGCUGGCCCUCUCUCAUCCUUCCUAUUUUUCUGCCGUCCACCCGUUCUCUGCUGUAGGUACCCUCGAUGCGAUUGUUGCCUAUUUUUGAUCCAUCCAAUACAGUCAGUGGAUACGGGCGGCCAACGAUCCGGCGACGACUACUCUAGCUCUCAGCCUUGUCCUGUCUUGUCUUGGACCAUUCACCCUGUCCGAUUGUCUCGGCUUGCGUAUCUUGCCUGUGCGAGACCGUCCUUCGUUUGUCACAAAUACAACAAGCGAAGGUAGGUCUGGCGCUGGACAUAGACGUGGCCACAGACGGUAGGAAGGAGGAUGACAUGGGAGACAGACACUCAUUCCUCGUAUCAAGAUGCCUGCCGUGUUUCUACCUUUCCUUACCCGCUUCGUCGGUCAUUCUGCACCUGCUGAUCUAUCGCUAUGUGGGCCGACUGGCCAUGCAGAGCGAUGGGUGGGCGGGGGCAGCUCUGAUCGACGAAGUAGUGGCGGCGAGGAGGAGGCCAUUCAACACGGGCUGCAUCCAUCCAGUGUCACAGAUGAGCUCAGCUUGCUUGGGGGGGCUCUUUCUCUCUCUGUACUUGUGCACUGGCCUUGUCUACGUGUGUGUGUAUGUGUAUGUGUGUUGGCAUUCCAAUUUUGCAUUGCUGGCUGAUGGCUGAUGGUUGUGGUUGUGUGGGAGUGGGUGAAUCCUUUAUCCUCUGUAGAAUCACCAAAACAGACAGCGAACAAGAGAGGCGCGGACCCUAUUCGUUCGACCGGCUUCUGGCUAUGAUGUGAUGAUGAUUGUACACUAGUCUCAUGGAUGGAUGGAUGGAUGAGGCAGACCGAGAGAGAAGGCACAUCUCCCGUUGUUUUGUUCUUCCUUUCCUUCCGUACACAGCACCUGUCCGUUAAACGGCAUGCGUGGGUGCAAUAUGUCUGAUCGAAUGAAGCUGCCUCGGUGUGUCGGCCAUAUGAAUCGAUGACGGUCUGCCUGCCUCAAGCUUGUGUGUUUCGUGGUUGAUCGUGCGUUUGCUGCAUGGUGCCUGUGGACAAGACGAUCGAUCGACGGAUGUAUGCUGG